AGUCAGCCUAAGAGAGUACACGACACAGGCAUCCCAACUCCUCCGCCGUUAACAUGAGGACGUGGAUUAGCUUAACCGUGUUGUCCGUGGCGGUGGUUAGCACGCUGAGUUUUCCACGUCCUGAUGCCGAGUACAAGAUUCCGACCGUAGGCGUCGGUGCCAGGGCACAAUACUAUGUUCUCCACGACGACGGGACCUUCAAGUAUGGCUACGACACUGGUGACGGAGCCUAUGAGUCUGCAAUGGCAAAUGCUCCCGGGGACGUCUUUGGCUCGUUUGGAUACAAGGAUGCAUCCGGGGCAGACAUAAAGCUGGAUUAUACAGCUAAUGACCAAGGCUUCCUUGUCAGCGGAUCUCAUCUGCCAGUUGCCCCAGUGGCUGACACUGCUCCUCUCGUCUCGACCAAAAGUGCGGCUUCCACUUAUGAUGCUCCUCCCGCUCCUUCGCAGUCUGCAGUCGCCUCCCAGUCAGGUGCUCCUUCACAGCCUGUAGCCGUAUCAGCACCACUUGAAGAAGCUCAAGUACAAAGCUCUGCUCUUGGUGAUGGAAGCUAUUCUUUCUCCUACGAGACUCAGAGAAGCUCACGUCAAGAAGCAGCAGAUGCUCUCAACAACAUCAAGGGAAGGUAUUCCUUUAUUGCUGAUGAUGACGUAAAUCGGGAAAUCCAGUACGUUGCUGGAGCUGACAUUGGUUACAUUGCUGAAGGAGACUCCCUUCCUCAAGGACCAUCUGUUCCAGGCGCAGAGACUGGUAUUCCAACUGGACGCAUUCUUCCUGUUCUGUCUGAGGAAGAGGCUAACAAGCUUGCCGCUGCCACUUCUGGUUCCGUAAGUGGUAGCCCUCUGACUGGUGCCACAUACAGUUCCCCACGUGACUCCGCUCCAAGGGACGCCUCUUACUCUUUCAGUUAUGAUGCUGGUCAAAGCUCGCGAUCCGAAAGUGCUGAUCCCAACCUUAACGUACAGGGAACUUUCAGCUUUGAUGCUGAUGAUGGAAUUAGAAGGACUGUGAACUAUGUUGCUGGAUCUGCUACCGGUUUUGUUGCUGAAGGUGACCACUUACCUGUUGCCCCAGAUGUGCCAAGUUCUGAGUCUCAUGCCCAGUCUUCCAGUCCAACUGUUGUGUCAACCAAAAGUGCAUCUCCUGGCUCUUCACGACCUGAUGCCCAUUCCAAGCCUGCUGCCCCAGCAGCACCAGCUGAAGAAGCACAAGUAAGAAGUUCUUCCCUUGACGAUGGAAGCUACUCUUUCUCCUACGAGACUCAGAGUAGCUCACGACAUGAAAGUGCAGACGCACAGAACAACGUCAAGGGAAGGUAUUCCUUUAUUGCUGAUGAUGACGUAAAUAGGGAAAUCCAGUACGUUGCUGGAGCUGACACCGGCUACAUUGCUGAAGGAGACUCCCUUCCUCAAGGACCAUCUGUUCCAGGUGCAGAAACUGGAAUUCCAACUGGACGUAUUCUUCCUGUUCUUUCUGAAGAAGAAGCCAAUGCUCUAGCAGGAGUCUCACCUCUGCUGAAGUCUGGAGAGGGGACCGACAUUCAAGCAGAUGCUUCGUACAAGUUUGCCUUUGAUUCUGAUAGUUAUUCACGGACUGAGGAAGCUGAUGCUGAUGGAAACAUUGUCGGAACCUAUACUUACGUAGAUGAAGACGGAAAAGAACAUACUGUUAGUUUUGUAGCAGGAAGAAAAACUGGAUUUUUGCCCAAAGCAGCUGCAGGAGACACAACACCUGUAGCAGCUGCUUCACCUGCGUAUUCGUCACCUUCCAGACCAAGCACUGUUAUAACUGCCCAAGCUGCCAGUCCUGUAACAAUAACCAAAGCUGCAGGAUCCUCAGCAACGUCCGGGAGUCACACAUCGCAGGUCGUAGGCGACGUUCUCCUUCACCAGUACAAUGCUGUCAACAGUCCCAAAUAUGGUUACGUCUUCACGGCUGUCCGCUGACUAUGAAAAUAGGCCACCGUGCCAUAAAGCAUUUCCAGUUUUAACCGCAUAAAACUAAGGGAUGUUUGUGCCGUAUUAGUUCUAGGGAAACUUAUAGGAGUGUUUGUCCCACAUUAAUUUUAUCUUCUAUAUAUUUUGCUCGAACAAGAAAUUUAUAGAAGGAUAAAAAGCACCUUCUUUGAAUUCCAAAACUGCGUCAGCAAUGCAUGAAAAACCAAUAAAAAUGCAA